CCAAGGACCCUGGGGCAAGUUGGACCAAGAUGACGGUCAAGCUGGACUUCGAGGAGUGUCUCAAGGAUUCGCCUCGCUUCCGAGCCUCUAUUGAGCUGGUGGAAGCCGAAGUGUCAGAAUUGGAGACCCGUCUGGAAAAGCUCCUCAAGCUGGGCACCAGUCUCCUGGAAAGUGGGCGCCAGUACCUCGCCUCCAGCCGCGCCUUCAUUGCUGGCAUCUGUGACUUGGCCCGCCUGGGUCCACCAGAGCCCAUGAUGGCGGAGUGCCUGAACAAGUUCACCGUGAGCCUGAGCCACAAGCUGGAUAGCCACGCAGAGUUUCUCGAUGCCACCCAACACACACUGCAGCAGCAAAUCCAGACCCUGGUCAAGGAAGGUCUCCGGGGUUUCCGGGAGGCCCGCCGGGACUUCUGGCGAGGGGCCGAGAGCCUGGAGGCCGCUCUGACCCACAACGCCGAGGUCCCCAGGCGCCGGGUCCAGGAUGCCGAAGAGGCUGGAGCAGCUCUGAGGACUGCUCGGGCUGGGUACCAGGGACGGGCAUUGGAUUAUGCCCUGCAGAUCAACGUGAUUGAGGACAAGAGGAAGUUUGACAUCAUGGAGUUUGUGCUGCGUUUGGUGGAAGCCCAGGCCGCCCAUUUUCAGCAGGGCCACGAGGAGCUGAGCCGGCUGGCCCAGUAUCGCAAGGAGCUGGGCGCGCAGUUGCACCAGCUGGUGUUGAAUUCAGCGCGGGAGAGGCGGGACAUGGAGCAGAGGCACGUGGUGCUGAAACAGAAGGAAUUGGGUGGGGACGAGCCAGAGCCAACUCUGAGGCAGGGGCCCAGUGGCCUGGUCAUGGAAGGGCAUCUCUUCAAACGUGCCAGCAACGCCUUCAAGACCUGGAGCAGACGCUGGUUCACCAUUCAGAGCAACCAGCUGGUUUAUCAGAAGAAGUAUAAGGACCCUGUGACCGUGGUGGUGGACGACCUUCGUCUCUGCACGGUGAAGCUCUGCCCAGACUCAGAAAGGCGGUUCUGCUUUGAAGUGGUGUCCACCAGCAAGUCCUGCCUCCUCCAGGCUGACUCCGAGCGCCUCCUGCAGCUGUGGGUCAGCGCUGUGCAGAGCAGCAUUGCCUCGGCCUUCAGCCAGGCGCGCCUUGAAGACAGCCCGAGGGGUCCAGGCCAGGGCUCAGGACACCUGGCCAUGGGCUCUGCUGCCACCCUGGGCUGUGGAGGCAUGGCCAAGGGGAGGGAGCCUGGGGGAGUCGGACACGUGGCAGCCCAGGUGCAGAGCGUGGACGGCAACGCCCAGUGCUGCGACUGCCGGGAGCCAGCCCCAGAGUGGGCCAGCAUCAACCUCGGUGUCACCCUGUGCAUUCAGUGCUCCGGCAUCCACAGGAGCCUUGGGGUUCAUUUCUCCAAAGUCCGGUCCCUAACUCUCGACUCGUGGGAACCGGAACUAGUGAAGCUCAUGUGCGAGCUGGGAAACGUGGUCAUCAACCAGAUCUAUGAGGCCCGUGUGGAGGCCAUGGCGGUGAAGAAGCCAGGGCCCAGCUGCUCCCGGCAGGAGAAGGAGGCCUGGAUUCAUGCCAAGUAUGUGGAGAAGAAAUUCCUGACCAAGCUCCCUGAGAUUCGAGGGCGAAGAAGUGGCCGGGGGGCCCCUCGGGGACACCCUCCUAUACCUCCAAAGCCUUCCAUCAGGCCCCAGCAGGGGAGUUUCAGAUCCAAGCCAGAGCCCCUGUCUGAGGACCUGGGAAAUCUGCACCCUGGGGCCCUGCUGUUUCGAGCUGCUGGGCACCCACCAUCCCUCCCCACCAUGGCCGAUGCCCUUGCGCAUGGAGCUGAUGUCAACUGGGUCAACGGGGGUCAAGAGAAUGCAACGCCGCUGAUCCAGGCCACAGCUGCUAAUUCUCUUCUGGCCUGUGAGUUUCUCCUGCAGAACGGGGCGAACGUGAACCAGGCAGACAGUGCGGGCCGAGGGCCCCUGCACCACGCUACCAUUCUUGGCCACACUGGGCUCGCCUGCCUGUUCCUGAAACGGGGGGCCGACCUGGGGGCCCGGGACUCUGAAGGCAGGGACCCUCUGACCAUCGCCAUGGAAACAGCGAACGCUGACAUCGUCACCUUGCUACGCUUGGCAAAGAUGAGGGAGGCCGAGGCCGCUCAGGGCCAGGCAGGAGAUGAGACGUAUCUCGACAUCUUCCGGGACUUCUCCCUAAUGGCGUCAGACGACCCGGAGAAGCUGAGCCGGCGGAGUCACGACCUCCACACACUCUGAUCCCCGCCUUCCGGGCCGCGCACCCCCGGCUGCCGCUCCCCACCGCCAGCCCCGUCCCAUUAAAGCCUCCGU